AUGUCGCGAACUACAGGCUCGUUGACCAUUUCACAAAGUCUUUUUGAUGAUGUAAAAAAACACUAUGAUGAAUUAGUGAAAUUGAACAAUUGGGUGGAUACGAUUCCGCCGGUUACGCAAAUGAGCACGUACGAACAAUUGAUUGUUCGGACAUAUCGUUUGUUGUUGAUUUUUAUUCACGGAAGUGUCUUGGAUUCACUGGAUUAUAUCACCGAAGAAAUGAUUUUCAUCCUUCGAAACUCCUUCGAGUCACUGCUGCAGAAUGUUGACUGGGGUCCUGUUUGCACGAAAAUGAUCCUCAUACUAUGCUCAGUUGCAGAGUCCAGCAAUUCGGAAAAGACUUUACUCGCACUCCUUACAAUAAAUCUCGAGUCACUGAAGUACAGUUUUUACGACGAAAUCACUCGAAAAAAGCUAGUCGACACAUCGAUCGUGAUUAAGCGCAAACUCGCACUAGCUUACCAAUCUCUUCUUCCAAACGUGUCGACGCCAAACCAUCCCAAGACUCUUUCAUCCUCUUCAAAACCAGCACCUCCUACAAGCCAAAAUGGUGUCGCUCCUCUGUUGGAAGAACUGUCGGGCGAGCCUGAAGUAUCCACAAAAUGUAUGAAAAAGCCUGUGUCCCAGUCCCCAAUCCUUUCAAGCGUUUACAUUCCCAAAUCCAAUUACAUUCCUUUUGUUCGGAAGCACGAGCUGCAUUAUCUCUUGGAAAUUCCUUUUGACAUAUCCAAAGAAGACAUGCUUCUGCUCAAACAGAGGUAA